UUAUAGCAUUGGUGUUUUGUCUGCAUGUAUAAGUGUACGAGGGCAUCAGAUCUGCUGGAACUGGAGUUACAGACAGUUGUGAGCUGCCAAGUGGGUGCUGGAAAUUAAACUUAGGUUCUCUGGAAGAUCAGUCAGUGCUCUUAACCACUGAGCAAUCUCUUCAGUCUUCCUUUCCCCCCCCCCAUAGGAGAGAACUAACAUCAAGUCCCUUUAGGGCUUGUUUAUCCCCACCACAAACCUAGAAAAAUCUUAGUGCUCUAGAAAGGGCAUAAAGCAGAUAUGGGAAGAGUAACAUUUAGAGAUCAGCACUGAUUUCAAUGUCUUAUAUUAUAAUUUAAAAUGAUCUCUGCUCACUCCCUUCUUGAGAUGAUCACACGAUGUAGCCCACAAUGUGUUAGAAUUCCUGAUCCUUCUGCCCUGGUCUCCCAAGGACUGAGAUUACAGAUAUGUGGAACCCUGACAGCUUAGUGAUUCCCUUUAACACUGCAAAUUCACAAAGGUUUUUAUACAAACUAUAAAAACAGGGUGUUUUUAUACAAACACCCUGUUAAUUUUGUCUGGAUAACUAGAAAACAAGAAAUAAGACAACAACAAAAAAAAAAUCUCCAGUAAAAUAUCACAGCUUAGGUUGGUAAAACCUGUUUUGUUUUCUUUUUUAAAGCCAAUGGAAAUGCUCAAGAGGGUCUCAACUGUUAGUGCAUGUACUGGUCUAGCAGAGGACUUGAGUUUGAUUCCCAGCACCCACAUCAGGCAGCCCCACCAUUGCCUGAAACUCCAGCUCCAGGGCAUCUGAUGCCCUCUUCUCACCUCCAUGGAUACCUCCAUUCACAUGCACAUACCUACACACAGACAAACACACUAUUAAAAAUAAAAAUAAGUCUUUAAAAAAAAAACACCAACACUUAGUUGCUUGUCUGUUGCUGUGAUAAACACCAUAACCAAGGCAACUUAUAGAAAGAAGGGCUUAUUGGGGAGGGGGGGGCUUUUGUUUUCAGAGGAGUAAGAAUCCAUCACCAUCACAGUGCAGUGGCACAGGAGCAGGCAGCAGCGGAGACCAGAGCCAGACACUGUGAGCUGAAAGCUGAGCACCAGACAGGGAGCAGAGAGCACACUGGCAAUGGUGACACAAGUCUUUGAAAUCUAACACCCUUCCCCAGUGAUGAGCUUCCUCUAGCAAGGCCUCACCUCUUAAGCCUCCCUAAACAAUGCCACCAAAUAGGGACUACGUAUUCAAAAGCCAAAACCUAUGGAGGGUGGGAGCUUAUUCCAGCACAACAAUUAUUAUCUUUUUACAGAGAAAAUUUUAAACAGCCAAGCCUAAUGGUAAAAUGUCCAGUGGCUCAGCUGCACCAAUUUCUCAUGGUGAACUCCAGGUGAUCUUUGUCUGAACUAAAACAAAACAAAAAACACAAACAUGAUAUGUACUUGGUUUUGGAAGUUAGAGGGUGUUUGCCUCCCCCAGUUUGAUUUAGCAGCCUGGAGUUCCCCCAAGCCCCUUCGAGUUGUGUUGUUCUUGGACCACAUCUAUUUUUUAUACAUUUAGAGAACUGGAGUUGCUACUCUGAAGAAAAGAGAUUAAUUUUGGCUGAAAGAACAAACCUAGUGGAAGCGAGGGAGAGAGUGAGAAACGUAAAGCGCCACUCUCAGUACACACGGGCCUUCCUGGAACGUUCUGCAGAAGACCUCUAACACAUUCUGUGGGACAGCCAGCCCCAGGCACCAGACCACAGACAUGGAGAUAAAGCACAGAGCAACAGAGGCCAUGUUCUUGGGAUCAGUGAUUUUUAGUCUCUGCGGUUUUUGUUGUUUUGUUUUGCUUUGUUUUUAGUUUGUUUUGGUUUUUCGGGGCAGCGUUUCUCUGUGUAGCCUUGGCUGUCCUGUACUCGCUUUUUAGACCAGACUGGCCUCGAACUCACAGAGAUCCGUCUGCUUCUGCCUCCCAGAGUACUGGGAUUACAGGCAUGCGCCACAGCGCCAGCUUGUUUUCUUAAGAAUCUGCUGAAUCUCCAUUCCUGAAAAACGUCUACAAGGAUGUCAAUCUGUCUGCUCCCAGGGAGAAUUAGGGACGAUACACCUCGUAUCAGUGCUUAACAUUUUAUCUGGCAGUUAGUUACACCAGGCCUGCAAAGGAAGCGGCAGUCUGGUACCACCGCCACUCAGCCGUUUAAUAUAUGUCUGUUGUAUCUAGUGUCUGGCAAGCUAUGCACUCUUGGCUGGAGAGAACACUGUGAAUUGUCUUGAUGUGUUUCUUACUCCCCUGAGGCUCACAUUUCUUGGGAAAGGGGGAUGAAAGAGAAAAUAAUUUCCAAGAGAGAUAGAAAUUGUAGGGGAAACAGCAUUUGGUAAGAGGACAGUCCGUAUGCAGCCAUCCCUCUCCUGGGUAGCCCCUGUUUGUCCUCCAGUCCCCUCUAGUCCUUAUUUCUUCUCUCGCUGUCCUCGCUGCGCUUCCCUUCCCUCCCUGCUGCCCACCUCUGGUUCCCACGUGCCCCUUUCCUCUCGCGAGCUGCACAGGCCAACGGCAGCACUUUCUGCCCUGCCGCCUACUCCCUCCGCUCACUUUGCCAGCCCAGGCCUACUGCCCCCGCCAUGGGAAAUGAGGCCAGCUUCCCAUCUGAGAUGUGCACCAACUUCGACGCGGAGGAGAUUAAAAGGCUGGGCAGAAGCUUCAAGAAGUUGGACUUGGACAAAUCGGGCACCCUGAGCGUAGAAGAAUUCAUGUCGCUGCCUGAGCUGAAGCAGAACCCACUGGUGAGCCGAGUGAUCGACAUCUUUGACACAGAUGGCAACGGGGAAGUGGACUUCCACGAGUUCAUCACGGGCACCUCCCAGUUCAGCGUCAGAGGUGAUGAAGAGCAGAAGCUAAGGUUCGCCUUCAGAAUCUACGACAUGGACAAGGAUGGCUACAUCUCCAAUGGGGAGCUUUUCCAGGUGCUAAAGAUGAUGGUGGGGAACAACCUCACAGACUGGCAACUACAGCAGCUCGUGGACAAAAGCAUCUUGGUCCUGGAUAAGGACGGCGACGGCCGGAUAUCCUAUCAAGAGUUCUGUGAUGUAGUGAGACAAAUGGAGAUCCACAAGAAAUUGGUCGUGUUUAAUUAACUGCCAAUUUCUCAAAAACCGAUAGCUUUAUACAACUUGUUGGAGUGACAAUAAGAACUGAUGUGGCCGGUGUAAUCCGCUCCUAACAUUUGCUAUAACUUGUGUUGUCGACA